AUGUCCGGUACUGCCCCUUCCGAUCCCGCCCCCGGUGGCCACGCCCACGAUCGUGGGGUCCAGCAGACCUCUCUCGACAGCAACCAGCAUGGGCAAGCACAGAACAUCAUCGAUGAGACCAACAACACCACUACAGGCAUCACCGUGGACCGCAAUCUGGGCCAAGCUAUCGAUGCUAGCAAAGGCCAGGACGGCCUCACACAACGCGUCGAUGACCUCUUGAACACGCCCGCGAGCAAGAGCGGCAACGUUCCUGCUGAGAACAAGGCUCAGGGGAAGACAGAGGAAGGCUUCCGGGUAGGCGAACGUGCUGAUUUGCAUGAUCUGGCACAAAGCAAGCAACCGUGA